AUGCAGGCUAUAGCAGACAGUUUCAUGCCUGCGAGCGGGCUCGUGCGGGCGUUAGGGUAUGAUGAGGAGGAGUCCCUGCAGGAAGAUUUCGUGAUGGGGAGGGAGCGGUUCGAGCAGAUGGUGCCGCGGUUGAGCGUGCCGCCUAUUGCGUCGCCGCAGGCGUUCCUGCGGGCGCACACGGACGACUCGAAGAACCCGGACUGUGAGAUCAAGAUCGCACACGGGACGACGACGCUCGCGUUCAGAUUCCAAGGCGGGAUUGUUGUUGCGGUGGACUCGCGGGCUACCGCGGGGAACUGGGUCGCUUCGCAGACCGUUAAGAAGGUCAUUGAGAUUAACCCUUUUUUGCUGGGGACCAUGGCCGGUGGUGCUGCGGACUGUCAGUUCUGGGAGACCUGGUUAGGGUCUCAAUGUAGACUGUACGAGCUGAAGGAGAAGCAAAGAAUCACGGUCGCAGCGGCGUCGAAGAUCCUCGCAAACUUGGUGUACCAAUACAAGGGCGCCGGGCUGUCCAUGGGAACGAUGAUCUGCGGGUACACUAAGAAGGAGGGCCCCACCGUUUACUACGUGGACUCCGAUGGCACCAGGUUGAAGGGAGAUGUCUUUUGCGUUGGGUCCGGGCAGACUUUCGCGUACGGUGUGCUAGACACAAAUUACAAGUGGGAUCUUUCCGUAGAGGACGCGCUGUACUUGGGGAAGAGGGCCAUCCUCGCAGCCACGCACAGAGACGCGUACUCAGGUGGGUCCAUCAACUUGUACCACGUCACAGAGCAAGGGUGGGUGUUCCACGGGAACCACGACGUCGGUGCCACCUUCUGGGAAAUUAAAGAGAAGGAGGGAUCCUUCAACAAUGUAGUCGCCUGA